AUGGAAUAUCCACAAGUUUCAAGGGGCAAGGUACUACGCAUCAAAAAUAUGGGGUUCAAAGACGGCGUGUCAAUCGAAAGGAGGAUAACUGGUCGCUCUUUCAGUCGCAGGCUGGCUGCUAGCUGGGGUGGCGAUGAAUGUGACGAAUCCCAGUCAAGCAGCCCAUACUCACUUACAGACUCCUCCUCAAAAUCAAUACCGGCUAUGGCUACACAAGUCGCUUCUGAUACUAAGGGUGAGGAUUCCCAGGAAUCUAUCUCCUCAACGGAUACUCUGACUAGGAGGCCGAGUAAAACGACUACGGGACAUAGGGCACUACAACUAGAUCAGAGGGAGCGGAGGGGCUUAAAGAGGAGGGGAAACGAACAAUCCGGCAUAACGCUUAGGACUAAACAACUUAGAUUUGUGCAACCGAAUGAAGGGACCCCGUUGCUGCCUCCGGCCCCACUCGAUCCAUAUCUCGAUUCACUGAUUGACUCAAUGCUGGCUGGUGAAGAAGCGUCGAUCUCUGAAGAGUUUUGGCUCUCCGACGACUUGCCGACUUUUAUUAGAGGUGACGCUUUCAUAGGUGCAAAGCCCUCAGGAAAAGGAGGCGGAACUGAGUUUCUGGACGAGGCUGUAUCGGCGCGGGAUGCAGAGCCACUCGUGCACUCAGCGCCCCCCAGAUUGCCCGGAGACCUUAUUAAGCCCACAGAGGAGAGAAGCGCAGCGCAAUCGCCUGCUGACAACUCAGGGAAACAAAUGCAGCAGAUACAGCAUUCCCGAGCUGAAGCUUUGCAUAUUGGGCCUUUGUCCGGUACAUCAGAGCCGGGAAAUGGCCUUUUUCAAGCAUUAACAGCGGAAGGGCAUGUGAGAGAAGGAAUUGCCGCCAGCUUUGAAGAGUCAGUUGCGAGCAUCUUGCCGCAUUUGUACACGGCCACAAGUGCCUCACGGCCGCUGUCAUGGGCACUAGCGCUGCCUGAUUCAGCUGGACAGUCAGCAUCGGGGAUAGGCCUGCCUACAGGUUUUAAAGUCAUUUCCUACGUCGAUUGGCUCGAUAACUUGUUCCCAGGGAUUCCUGAUAGCAUACUCAGAACGCAUCCAUUCUACCGUUACCCCGAAAACAACCCAGCCCUGGGCACAGAAGUAUUGGGUGACAAGUCGAUGAAGGAGUCGUGGUGGCCUUGGAUGGUAAGUCAUAUAGAAAGUGCGAGCUACGAACCCAGGAGAGAUUUCGUGACGAUUGGAAAGCGCUCUAGAAAUGUAGAUGUUGCAAGUACUCUCCACGUUGCGCUUGACUUCUAUAGAAGAGGCCUCCGGGCUCCACUUCGCAUGGUGAUCGGCCUGAAGGAAGCGUUGCUUUGCGAACCGGGUGCGUCGUCUAAGUUCAAGGCGGAACGAUGGAACCCAUGGAGAGAAGACGCUGCAAGGUGGCGUCGGUCCAUCGAGCCGAGUCUGAGUUGGCACAAGUAG